CUUCCUCCUCCUUUGGAGUUCCUGCCGGGGCAAAAAGGAACUUUUUGUCAGUGCAGUACCCAAAAAAAGUGCACGUCGUGGCGCUUGUGAGGAGUUUAGACGGACAGCCAUGGCUCCGUUCGGGAAGAAUUUCCUGAAAGCUCGUCUGAAAAACAGAACCAAAGACACUGAGACUACCAGUGGGAAGGAGAUCCAGGUGACAGUGUGCAAUGAGGAGAAGGUUGUCUGUGGUGUGACCAAGCACACCACUUGUGCCGAUAUGAUUCAGGCAUUACUAGAGGAUCACAGAUCUGUCCCGGAGAGCAAGCAGCUCCUGCACGGAGAGCCCAAAGACUUCUAUCUGGUGGAGUGCUACAAAGGUUUCGAGAGGGUGUUGCCGCCACUCACCAGGAUCCUGAGGCUGUGGUAUGCCUGGGGGGACCAGAGACCCUUCAUCCAGUUCGUCCUGGUCAAAAGCAAUGAUGUUGUGCCUCAACGGGCUAUGAAGGCUACAAAGAACCGGACCAGAUACACCAGGAACCCCCAGGCUCUUCCUGUGGAGAAGCAGAAACGAGUAGUGAGGAAGGCCUUCCGUAAGCUAAAGAAACUCCACAAGGAGAGCACGACACCCGCUGGUACUGAAGAAAUUGAUUGCAUGGUCCAGCUCAUUCUCAACCAGGACCAAACCAUUCGGGAACAGAUUCAGCGCAUGGGAGCUCUGGAGGCAGAGAUCCGGGAGCUUGAAGGGCAGGAAGACUACAAUGACAAGUCCGAAGCUUGCUCUUCCAACUUGGAAGAGCUUGAAGAACUCCUGCAAGCCAGCGACGAUGUCCAGCAGCUGGAGUUACACGUCCAGAGGCAACAGGCGCUUAUUGCACAGCUCUGUCGCGACAUAGAGGCCGAGCAGGGGAUGGCGGUGGGCGGUGAGCAGGAGGGAGCGUCAGCCACUCCCUGGACACCCUCUGAGGACGACGAGUCAUUGCGAGCCGAGCUGGAAAGAAUGCAGGCAGAGCUGAGGCGAAGCUACUUGGCCGGUGUGUCCCUCCAUAGCCAGGUGGUUGAGGUAGACAAGCAGCUCUGUUGCUCUGAGGCCACCUGGCUCUCCAGGGACCAGGAAUGCUGGCAGCUGGCCUCUCAACUCAGAUUGCUGCAAAUGAGCGACGCCGCCCAGGAGACCACUGCCAGUGAUGUGGGGGUUAAAAGAAAGGCCAUAGCUGUUAAAAACGGGUCUUCCCCCAUUGACGUCACCGACACAGACUCGGACACUGGCAUCAGCUCCACCCACAGCCAGGACUCGCUGUCGCCCGGCUUAGACUUCCCUCCACCGAUGGAUACAGAUGUCUAAAGGAUGUUUGGACAUGGAUCUAUAAAGAUGUCUGGACAUGGACAUGUAAGAAUGUCUGGACACAAACUUCUUCAGGAUGUUUCCGCCACCGCACACAGAUAUGUGAAAGAUUUCCAGACUUAGACUCCUAAAGGAUGCCCGGCCACGGAUGUCUAAAGAUGUUUGGGCAUGGAUCUCUCGAGAUGUCUGGACAAGGACAUCAGAAGAUAUCUGUAUACAUACAUCCAAAGAUGUCUGGAAAUGGUCACCUACAGGAAGUUUCUACCACUAGACAAAAACCAGCCCUGUAAGGAAAGUCUGGAUCACGAGAAGAACCUCUAAAAGAUGUCUGUACCACGAGAAACAGAACUCUAAACCUUUAAACAUCACUGAACAUGUCUGUGCUGUACACACUAAUGAACUAGGACUUCGAAAUGAUGUUGCGACAUGGAUGUCUAUGGAAGUCUGGAGAAAUGUGUCUCAAUGAUAUCUGGACAUGGAUGUCAGAAAGACCUUUCCACCACUGGACACAGGCCAGACUGGAAAGGAUGUCUCCACCACUGGACACAGCCGUCUCAAGGAUUUCUUAACUACUGACCACGAAGGCCUGCACUACUUGACAAGGGUGUCUGAGAAAUGGUAAAUGGACUGCACUUAUAUGGAGAACUUUUCAUUUCCAGAGGGUUCGAAAAGAAAUUGACUUUUGUAAAAAAGUCAACUCAAGACUUUCACCUUGUACUCCCAAAUCAAAUCUGGCAUGGGCAUAUUUUUGAUUAUCCAGCAUAAAUUUGAAAACAGCACCAGGCAACCUGUGCAUUGGCGCCAUUAGUAACAAUUUAGCAAUCCAACCAGUGCUUUUCCUGUUCAGAGUGGCUAGUGAGCUGGACUCCAUCCCAGCUAACUCAAUCCUUGAGUAAUCAAUCACAAGGUUACAUAUAAAGACAGACAACCAAGUUUGGCAACCACCACGACUACACUAUCAGCAAGCCUAGUACUGCAAUCCAGCUUUCGAUCCAUUUUGUACCGUUUAUCAUUUUCUGGAUCACAGCCUGAGCUACAGUCUCUCCCAACCUGGUUUGGUUGCCACUCAUUCACAGGGUGUUUGGAAAGACGGACAAAUAACUGCAGCAAAUGAAGCGCUACAUUAUCAGUGACCCUGUUGCAGCGCCAUUUUCAACAGUUUAUCCUAUUUACGAUCUGAGCUGGAUAAGCGAGUGGGGGGUGGGGGGGGUUUAUACCAUGGACCGGUCUACACUCAACCACCCAACGUGGACAAAUAUGUGAUUCUUACUGAAACAGGCCACAAGCUACAUGAACACGACACAACACAAACUCGGGUUGUCUGCUAUAGCAAUAAAUACUUUGGUCAGACUUUAAUCUUUCUUAUUUCCGUGUUUAAAACAAAUCGUAAAGAUGUUGCGAUUCGGGACCUCCAGGGCACUUUGAACUGACUUAAUUACUGUCAUCAUCAACCCACCAAGGCUGAACACAAUUUCAUACUUUCCUUUAAAAUCCAUAAUGUACUUCAUAAUGUCAUUUAACAGUAUUUUAUAUUAAAACUCCCUAAGAUAGACACACACCGGCACACACACUACUAUUUACUGUAUUUGUUCACUAUUGCCACAAUUGUAUAUAUUUUUUUCUAUUUUGUGUCAGUAAGGUUGAAAAUGCUACGCUUGUACAAAUAUUCUAUAUUUAUUAAUCCUACAAUUGUAAUCCACACAAUGAAGUUGAAAUGUGCAUUUGAACUUUCAUAAUAAACAGAUGAA